AUGGGGUUUGAAGAGCAGCUGGCUGUGUUUUCGCCCGACGGAAGACUAAUACAGGUUGAGUAUGCGCAGCAGGCGAGCGAGCAGGGGUCUCUUGUUGUGUUUGGGGUGGACUCUGAGAAGAUAUCUGUGAGCAUUGAGAGAAAGUCUGGAAACAGGCUGCUUCUUGAAGAGGAGAAGCUGUUUCCAAUCAGCGAGUCGCAGAAGAUCUGGAUGAGCUACUCUGGGUUCAAGCCUGAUGCAUACCUUGUGAUGAAUGUGGCAAGAAUGAUAUGUUUUUCGUACAAGAACUCUACGGGAGAGGACAUAGCCAUUGAUCAGCUGGCAAGAAUGCUGAGCGAGUACAAGCAGAGAUACACUGUUGUCUACCACCAGAGGCCGUUUGGGGUCAGGACUGUGUUGUUUGGGCUUGAGCCCAGGCCUGUAGCCUAUGUUCUUGAGCCUGACGGCAACUUUUCGGAGUUUUUCUGUGGGGCUAUUGGGCAGAAGAGCCAGAAGGUGUGCGAGUAUCUGGAGAAAGGGGAGAAGGGAGACCUUGUCAGGCUCACCAUUCUUGGGCUUAUGGAGGUUGUCCAGUCUGAUCCGAACAAGAUGUCGUCCUUUGUGCUGAGCAGAAGAGGGUUCGAGCGGGUUGAGGGGUCCACGAUCAUGGAUGUAAUCAGCUCUGUAUCUCAAUAA